AUGUCCCAAGAACUCGCCGUGCAAGCUCUCAUCCUCACUGAAGGACAGUCUGAAGUGCAGCUAAUCCAGACGGGCAGUAAGCCAGGGUUGCCCCAACUCCAUGAGUCACAAUCCACUGUCAUGUACGACAUGCUCUACCUCCCCAAUGCCAAGGAUUGCACAGUUCUGGUCAUCAGUGGGAUAGACUGGACAGCGGACAAACAGCGUCCGCGACUAUUUUUGGGAAAUGUAGCCUCUAGGUUCAAGAGCAUCAUCAAGCUGCAGCUUAUUGACUGCAAAUUCCAAGGGCCCGGAGGACAGGAGGCAUUCGUUCGCUCUUUCCCUAAGCUUCAGACAUUCAGCAAACCUUGCGAGGACACCUUUGAAGCCGUUGCCUCGGAGGAAAACUCGGCGCAUUAG